UGGCUGGUGGAAAGCCGUCCUGUCCUGUUUAUAGAGAGUGAUUAUUUGGAGAGUUUCCCUGUGCAGAUUCAGGUGCUUUGUUCUGUGGGUGCUGGCAGGGUGCAGGGAUUGCGUGUCAGAUAAAACUGGUACUUGUCUCUCGGGUGCCUGGAGUGUAAUUGUACAGGUGGACUGGGGAGGCCGGGUGCCAAAUACUUUUGGUUUAGAGGGAGUGGUGGGAGUGAAUUCUUGUAGCCACUCCUAGGAAAGCUUUGCUGCCUUCACACAAAUCAAUGACAACUUCCAGUCUGCCUCACACACAUCCCACAGCUUCUCUGAUAUUUUAUAUCCCGUCCUUCGGAAUCCCUGCUCCGUGCAACUGGAACGUCCCUGGGAAAACUACGGACGCAGAAAGGAAGACACAUGAGAAUAUGGCCAGCACCGAUGAUGAUCUAAUUGGUAUUCCGUUCCCCAAUCACAGCAGUGAGAUUCUGUGCGGACUCAACGCACAGAGACAAGAUGGCCUCCUCUGUGAUGUCAUCCUUAUUGUUCAAGAACAGGAAUACAGAACGCACAGGUCCGUCUUAGCCGCCUGCAGCCAAUAUUUCAAGAAGCUUUUUACCGCAGGCUCAUUAUUAGACCAGCCCUAUAUAUAUGAGAUUGACUUUGUUGAGCCUGACGCAUUUUCAGCCAUAUUGGAAUUUGCCUACACGUCCACUCUGACCAUCACCACAUCGAACGUCAAACAUAUCUUGGAUGCAGCUGAGAUGCUGGAGAUUCAGUGCAUUAUCAAUGUAUGUUUGGAGAUCUUACAGACGCCCAGAGACGGGGAAGAGGAAAACGAGAAAGAAGAAGAUGAGGAUGAUGAUGACGACGACGAUGAAGAAGAAGAAAGAAAAGACUUCAUGAAUGAGGAAAACCAGAGUGAUAUCCAGGACUCCAGCUGUCAUCAAAGCCCACCAACAUCAGACCACCUGGAGGGGCAUUAUGAAACGCAGAAGGACCUCCCAACACAUUUCUCGUCCAUGGCCAGUUCAACUGGUCACCAAAGCGCCAUCAAAGAUUUCUCAAUUGAAUCGUUACUAAGUGAAAACCUCUACCCCAAAAAUAACAUUGCCGAGAGAAGGUCAGCCAUUUCUCAUUUUCUACCUGGUUUCUUCCCCCAUCUAUGGAACGGUGAUUUAGGGGCAUUUUCCCAACUCCAAGACCAACCAGAAGACAACGGACCCUUGGAUCUUGUGAUAAAAAACAGAAAAAUUAAGGAGGAGAAACAAGAUGAGCUACCUGCACCCCCUUUCUCAAAUGAUUUUUUUAAGGAGGUGUUUGCCAACCAUCCGGGCAACCACUUUGGGCAAAUUAAGGCAGAAAUGGACUAUAGCGCUUAUCUCAGCUUCCUCAGUGCGGCACAUUUGGGAAUGUUUCCUCCGUGGCCUUUGGAGGAAGAAAGAAAAUUAAAGCCAAAAGCAUCACAGCAAUGUCCCAUCUGCCACAAAGUCAUCAUGGGGGCGGGAAAACUGCCCCGGCACAUGAGAACCCACACCGGAGAAAAGCCAUAUAUGUGCAAUAUCUGUGAGGUCCGCUUUACUAGGCAGGACAAGCUAAAGAUACACAUGCGGAAACACACGGGAGAGCGGCCAUACUUGUGCAUUCACUGCAACGCUAAGUUUGUUCACAACUACGACCUGAAGAACCACAUGCGCAUCCACACCGGAGUGCGCCCCUAUCAGUGCGAGUUCUGCUACAAGAGCUUCACCCGGUCCGAUCAUCUUCAUCGUCACAUCAAGAGACAGAGCUGUCGCAUGUCCAGACCCAGAAGAGGGAGGAAGCCGGCGGCCUGGAGAACGGCGAAUCUCAUGUUUGCCCGCAACAACCGCCAGGAGGAGAAAAAUUUCCUGAUGAUGCCCCCUGGUCUGGAUGGGACCAUGUGUGCUCCGGGGCCGAGCAAAAAGCAUUUUAUGGAGGAGGCCAGAGGCAUAAUCAACCUGCAGGACUUGGAAAGCCAGUUUGAAGACUCCCAAAUGAAACUGUUAGAAAAGGCCCAUUUGGAGCCGGAAAGGAACGGCAGACUCUUUGCCUAUCCGUUAUCUCAUAAUACCGAGACCCUCUCUCCGAGUCAGUUCCUGGUGGGUGGGAACCCUUGGGACCUUUCCUAUAACCACUCAUCAGUCAAAGAAACAGUAAAUAGCUACAGUAAAGCUUUGUAACACGGACUAACAAUGUGUGACAAUGUACUUUGUAGCUUACGGAAUGUUUUAUACAUAUGUAACCCCCAAGAAGGGGGUCUUAAAGGAGAACUAAAGCUUAAAUAAGAAGUAGGUAGAAAUGUUGUACAUUAUG